AUGUCACAACACAAUACAGCAUACGACAAUGCCGCAUAUACAGAAGAUUCCGAAAACUAUGUCGAUCAAAAUAUACAUAAACCUACCACAGAACCCGAUGUCGAAAAAUCUCCACCCGCUCCACAACGAGACAAAUGGGGAAAUGAUGUUGAAUUUUUGAUGUCCUGCAUUGCUCUGUCAGUGGGCUUGGGUAAUGUCUGGCGAUUUCCUUUCAUAGCCUUGGAGAAUGGAGGAGGAGCAUUUCUUAUACCCUACAUUAUAACACUGCUACUGGUUGGUAAGCCCAUUUACUAUCUGGAAAUGAUAUUGGGUCAGUUUUCCAGUCGUGGAAGUGUUAAGGUCUUUGAGUAUGCACCCAUUAUGAGAGGAAUUGGUUAUGGUCAAGUCAUUACCACAUUUUUCAUAUCCACCUACUAUUCAUCAUUGAUGGCCAUAACUUUGCGUUAUGUUGUGGAUUCCUUUUAUCCAACACUGCCAUGGAGUUAUUGCCGUGAAGAAUGGGGACCACUGUGCAUUGAUUCCAAGUUGGAAAAGUCUGCAGACAGGCAAGAUUUUUCGGAAGUCAAAAAGACUUCGGCGGAAUUUUAUUUUGUACAUAUAGUUCUCCGUGAAAAACCAACUAUCGAUGAUGGCAUUGGAGUGCCAAACUGGAUAUUGGCCAUUACAUUGGCCGUUGCUUGGUUGAUAAUUUCAUCGGUCAUAAUUAAGGGUGUCAAGAGCUCGGGCAAGGUUUCAUAUUUUUUGGCCAUGUUCCCCUAUGUUGUUAUGCUGGUAUUACUGAUACGUUCUCUGACAUUGCCGGGAGCAUUCGACGGGGUUUUGUUUUUCCUAACACCUCAGUGGGAUAAACUUUUGGACGCACAUGUGUGGUAUGCAGCGGUGACGCAGGUAUUCUUUUCCCUGACUGUGGGUUAUGGUGUUAUACCGAUGUAUGCGUCGUUUAAUCGAUUUCAUCACAAUAUUAAAAGAGACUGCACUAUUGUAACAACAUUGGACACAUUUACAUCCCUACUCUCGGGUAUUGUAAUUUUUGGCAUCUUAGGUCAUCUGGCUCACGAAUCUAAUACGGAUGAUAUAAAAAGUGUCGUAAAAUCUGGUCCCGGUUUGGCAUUUAUUUCCUAUCCAGAUGCCAUUGCUAAGUUGCAGGCUGCUCCUCAGGUCUUCUCUGUUCUGUUCUUUUUCAUGUUAUUCACACUGGGCGUGGGCACAAUUACCGGUGUCUUCUCCACUUCAAUCAAUGUGAUUUGUGAUCGUUUUCUUUCGGCAAAACGUUGGAUUGUUGUCAUCGUCAUGGCAAUAAUUUGUUAUUGUGUCGGUUUGAUGUAUAUCACUCCGGGUGGACAAUUUAUGUUGAACUUCAUAGAUUUCUAUGGAGUUACAUUUAUAGCCAUUGUAUUGGCUAUUGUGGAAUUGAUUACAGCUGCUUGGAUUUAUG